GAGAUUUGACGUUGACCAGGAUCGGGCGUCUCGGAUGACUUUUUGUCCCCUCCUUCUGGCCCCGACCUCGAGACCCUUGCAUUCCCACUUCUAUCGCAGUAAGCGCUGGUUCACGUUGCAAUGCGUAUCCAGGGCCGCAGUAGUCGCUUGGCGCGAAUCUCAUCUGGAUGAAAGGCGACGGAGAAUUAUUGACCCAGCCAAUUGGUGAGACGAAUGGAGGUCGGGGAGGCCGGGUUUGCGAUAGAGUAGGGCGAUGGAUAUGGAUGCUAGAAACGGUUAUAGGGUAUAGAUCACGGAUUGGUUGGGAGGAUAGGCCACAUACGAUUAUUCAGAGGUUCACAAAUACAAUGACUGGUUGUUUAUUGAACCUGCUGACUAUGAUUUGGUUUGACAUGGAGGAAAUCGAGGAGAUCGUAUACGGAGUACUCCGACUCCGUAUGCACCGUGCAAACAGGGCAACGCGGGCAAACAUGACAUACAUCUCGCGUGUCUUCCAUCUCGUCCUCGUCCAUCGUUUCUGCAGCAUCCGAAGACCAACGCGGUUCCGGCAAGUCCACCGAUCAGAUCCUCCCACUCGAUCCACUCCUGCUUUCUCCUAUCCGGAAACUUCAUCCAGAGACUUCGGGGUGGACUCCAUAUUGAUUUGAUUACCCACAACCCACAACUCUUCACCCUGACUAAUGGCAUACACGACAGUCCCAGUCAAAUUCAAUCCUCGUCGAUGACCACAUCCGCCGUCCAAACUAUCUGUUCAUGUCACCACGUCUGCCAUCCCUAGCGUCCUAGUCUAGGAUCGGCCGCAUUAGGAUUGGCGGGUCUCUCCACUUCCAUCCAUCGAUGAGUGGAUC